AUGGAUAACUCAGAGAGGGAUAACUCAGAGAUGGAUAACUCAGAGAGGGAUAACUCAGAGAGGGGUAACUCAGAGAGGGAUCACUCAGAGAGGGGUAACUCAGAGAGGGAUAACUCAGAGAGUGGUAACUCAGAGAGGGAUAACUCAGAGAGGGAUAACUCAGAGAGGGAUAACUCAGAGAGGGAUAACUCAGCCCAAAAGCUGUCUACUCCAGCAGGAUUCAACCUGGAUACUAGCAUGACUCUGACCAAGGAGGGGGAGACCGGCAGCUUUUUUGGAUUCUCAUUAGCGCUUCACCAGCAACUCACACCAGAACCACACAGUUGGAUCCUGGUGGGGGCGCCACGGGCCAGAGGACUGGGCAUGAUGCAGAGGAAGCGCCCUGGCGCUCUGUACCGCUGUCCAAUCACAAGCGAGGAGUUUGACUGCGAGCGCGUGGACAUCGAUGGAGACGUAAACCUCGACUGGGAAAGCAAGGACAACCAGUGGCUAGGAGUAACAGUCAAGAGCCAGGGGAUUGGAGGAAAGGUGGUGGCGUGUGCCCAUCUGUACGAGCUGCGUCAGCGCGCGGGCCUGCCAUCGGAGACGCGGGACCCCAUCGGGCGUUGCUACGUGCUCAGUGAGGACCUGACCGAGAGGGAUGACCUAGACGGAGGAGAGUGGAAGUUCUGUGAGGGGCGACCCCAGGGACACGAACAGUUUGGCUUCUGUCAGCAGGGUCUGUCUGCCGCCUUCACACCCGACAACCAAUUUAUCAUGUUCGGAGCUCCUGGAACGUACAACUGGAAAGGAGAGAUGCGUGUCCAGCUACUAAACCAGACUUUACUGGAUCUGGGUUUCUAUGACGACGGGCCCUAUGAAGUGGCGGAUGAGAAACAGCUGAAUGCUCAGCUGAUCCCUGUACCCUACCAUAGUUACCUGGGGCUCUUGUUCAUGGCUAGUCCCGAUGAAGAUGCGCUGGUGUACAAAACUCUGGAGCCACACUCCAACCGGCCCAUGUUUGAGGACGUAGCUCAGAAUAGCUACUUAGGCUUCUCAGUGGACUCUGCUAAAGGCAUAAUGAGUCGUGGUGAGCUGACCUUCGUGGCGGGGGCUCCGAGAGCCAAUCACACGGGAGCGGUGGUGCUGUUGCGUAAAGAUAACAUGUACCGCCUGGUGCCACAGCACAUCCUGUGGGGAGAGGAGCUGGCUUCUUCCUUUGGGUACUCUGUGGCUACGGCUGAUCUCAACAGUGACGGCUGGACAGACCUGAUAGUGGGAGCUCCUAACUACUUUGACCGAAAAGCAGAGAUCGGAGGUGCUGUGUACAUCUUCCUCAACCCAUUCGGUAACUGGGAGUACGCUCGGCCAAUCAGGCUCAACGGAACUCAUGACUCCAUGUUUGGACUGACCGUCAACAAUGUGGGAGACUUGGACAGGGACGGAUAUGACGACAUCGCUGUGGGGGCUCCAUUCGAUGGAGAUGGCAAAGUGUUCAUCUACCGAGGCUUGUCCUCAGGCAUCGACACCAAGCCUGCACAGAUCCUGGAUGGAGUGGACGAGGGGGUGAAGAGGUUCGGCUACUCCAUCUCAGGCGGCCUGGACAUCGAUGGGAACCUGUACCCUGACCUGGCAGUAGGCUCUCUCGGUGAUAAGCUGGUUCUGUACAGGUCUCGCCCGGUCAUUCACGUGACCCGGGACGUGUCCAUCGAACCUCAACAGUAUAUUGACUUGGAGCAACACAACUGUAAGGGGAGAGAUGGAGUGUGUGUGGAGGUCAAAGCCUGCUUCACCUAUACUGCUUAUCCAGAGACCUACUCACCAGACAUCACCCUGGUCCUACUCAUCGAGGCUGACACCGAGCGCAGGAAGCUCGGCCUGCCCCACCGUGUUAGCUUCCUGGGUCGCAGUGCACAGGCGGCGGAGUACACACACACUGACGAGGUGGAGCUGAAAGGUCAACGCCAUCCCGCCUGCCAGAGCGCCACCUUCCAACUACACGAGAAUAUCCGCGAUAAGCUGCGUCCCAUCUCUCUGGCCAUCACCCACACCAUCAGACCCCCCAUGUUCUCUUCAGACACUAACCCAGAGGAACGAGACACGCUACCUCCUGUACUGAGUGUUUCCACCUCCAACACCCUGCACUCUGAGGUGAAUUUCCUGAGGGAAGGAUGUGGCGAUGAUAAGAUCUGUCAGAGCAACCUGAAGUUGACCUACCAGUUUGGAACCCGACCUCCCACCUCUGACCUCUUCACCCCUCUGCCAAGGGAUGAUGAAGAGGUGGCGGUGUUUUCUCUGUCUGACCAGAGGUCUGUGGUGUUGGAGGUGACCGUCACCAACAUGCCCUCUGACUCUCUGUACCCUGAGAAGGACGGUGACGAUGCCCAUGCUGCCCAGCUAGUGGUCACCCUGCCAGACACCCUGUCCUACUCUGGCUUCAGGGGACAACAGGUGGUGUGCCAGGCCAAUCAGAACGGCUCUCAGGCAGAGUGCGAGCUGGGAAACCCUCUGAAGAGAGAUGCUAUACUGAAAUUCUACAUCAUCCUCAGCACGUCUGCUAUCACCAUAGAGACCACGGAACUCACUGUCAACCUCCUGCUGGCUACUAUCAGUGAACAGCGAGACCUGGCCCCAGUCACAGCCGUGGCUAAAAUCAUCAUUGAGCUCCCCCUGGCUGUCAGUGUGCUGGCCAGACCACACCAGCUGUUCUUCAGUGGGGCUGUGAAGGGGGAGAGUGCCAUGGAGACCCUGGACGAUGUGGGCAGUGCUGUGGAGUUUGAGUUUACGGUGACCAACACCGGGCCGUCCCUGCAGACUCUAGGCUCCGCCUUCCUCAACAUCAUGUGGCCUCACGAGCUGUCCAAUGGGAAGUGGCUCCUGUACCCCACUGCUCUCCACUUCCAUGGCCAUCCAGAAACACACUGUACCCCCCACACCUCCCUCAACCCACGCAAGUUCUCCCACAGUUCUCCUUCUGACGACCAGCCACAGGCAGCAGGCCUGAAGGCCAGGAGGAAGGGGCGUUCCAACCCAGAAGAGGAGGGCCAUGUGAUGACCAAGGGCAGUCUGGGUAGGACUACGCCUGCUGUGGCUGCCUCAGAGAGACGCAAGUCACUCAAACUGGACUGUCUGCUGGGUUCAGCGCGAUGUGUGCUGUUCCAGUGUCCUCUCCACAGCUUCUCUGACUCUGCUGUCCUCAAGAUCCAGGGACGCCUUUGGAACAGCACCUUUCUGGAGGAGUUCCCAUCAGUCAGUGCUCUGGAGCUGCUGGUUAGAGCCAACAUCACAGUCAAGUCCAGCAUCAAACACUUGGUGCUGAGGGAUGCUGCUGCACAGGUCCCAGUGAUGAUUUACCCAGAGGUUGGUCUGACUGCCCAGUACUGGAUCCCCUGGUGGUGGAUUCUCAUAGCCAUCCUGGCUGGUAUCCUGGUGCUGUCUCUGCUGGUCUGCAUCCUCUGGAAGUGUGGUUUCUUCCGUCGGGUCCAGUAUGAAGACAAAGUGCCUCAGUACCAUGCGGUGAAGAUCCCCCGUCAAGACCGGCCCCAGUUCCAGCAGAGCCAGCAGAAGGCAGGGAUCCUCCAGAAGAAGGAGUGGGCCACACACUGGAGCGACGGAAGCUCCUGAACAACAUCAACAAACAAGGACUAGAAUAACAACAAACACACAUUCAACCGUAUGGCACUCACUAACUCUGCAGUGGAACAAACGUGUGCAGACUGACCGUGUCACAACACUGUUGUGCACAUUGAGGCUAUGUCCCGAUUCAUCACCCUUCUUCUGAAGUGUGCACACUUCCCAUCGUGGAUUUAUCAAUGGUGAAAACUCGCUCAAGCCAAUGGUAUUCUACUGUAUUCUACUGUAUUCUACUGUA